ACGUUUUACGUAAUACACUAAAAUAUUUGAUGGUUACAGUUUAUAGUUCCUUAUCGCGAUUCUUAUAUGUUGCAAGAAAUGUUUGAGAACCACUGAGAAAGCACGAGGAUCGUUGUAUUUCAUCAUUUACCAAUUUUCGUGAAAUUGAGAAUUAUGGCAUCGUUCAUGGUACCGGUUGCAGCGAGAUUUACUCGUGUCACGAUUGAUAGUUUGCACAAUUUAAAUAAAAACAUUUUACUUAGGUUAACUCAACCAUCACAAGUUUCUUGGCAAAGGCAAGAGUAUAGUACUAUUACAGAAGAGCAACAAUCAGAAAGGGGAGAACCACAAUCUUCACAAUUGGAACUUACAGAAACUGAAAAGAAAUUGAAAGCAGAUAUUGAUCUCAUUAAUAAGGAAUUAUUGGAUCUUAAAGCUCAUAAAAAUGAAUUAGAAGAUAAAUACAAACGAGCGCUUGCUGAUGGAGAAAAUCUUAGAACUAGACUAACUAGACAAAUUGAAGAUGCAAAAAUAUUUGGCAUCCAAGGAUUUUGUAAGGAUCUCUUAGAAGUAGCUGAUAUUUUAGGCAAGGCUACAGAAAGUGUACCAAAGGAUGAACUUACAGAAAAAAAUCCACAUUUAAAAACAUUAUAUGAAGGUUUAAAGAUGACAGAGGCACAGUUACAUAAAGUAUUUAAAAAACAUGGUUUAAUAUCACUAAAUCCACUGAAUGAAAAGUUUGAUCCUAAUCAACAUGAAGCACUAUUUCAACAGGAAGUUGAAGGCAAAGAACCAGGAACAAUAGUAGUUGUAUCUAAAUUGGGCUAUAAAUUACAUGAACGAGUAGUAAGACCAGCAUUAGUUGGUGUUGCCAAAGGAUAAUUCAUGAUUGUUAAUUAAAUGGAAAUUAGAUAUAAUCUCAUAAGAGCGAUCCGUGAAUAAAGUGUUGGCACGUAUAUAUUGUAAUUAAAAUUGAAAUGUAACACAUCAAAACAUGAAUGUCAUACAACUGAUAUAAAAAAAAACUGGAACUAAUUUUAUGAAAAAUAAACUUGUUCUUAUUCUGUUAGAUUUAA